GUAGGGCGAGAGGCUGAGCAGAGGGCGCGGGAAGAGAAGGAACGGGAGCGGGAGCGGGAGAAGGAGCGGGAGCGGGAGAAGGAGCGGGAGCUGGAGAGGAGUGUGAAGAUGGCCCAGGAGGGCCGGCCAGUUGAGUGCUCAUCCCUGGGGCCGGUUCCCCACCGCCCCUCCUUUGAGCAGGGCAGUGCCGUAGCGACUGUUCCCCCGUACCUGGGUCCCGACACCCCGGCUCUGCGCACCCUGAGCGAAUACGCCCGGCCCCACGUCAUGUCCCCCAGCAACCGCAACCAUCCUUUCUACGUGCCGCUUGGUGCGGUCGACCCAGGCCUGCUGGGGUACAACGUCCCGGCCAUCUACAGCAGCGAUCCAGCGACGCGAGAGAGGGAGCUGAGGGAACGGGAAGCCCGUGAACGAGACCUAAGGGACCGGGACCUGCGUGAACGUCUCAAGCCCGGCUUUGAAGUCAAGCCAGCCGAGUUGGAGCAGCUCCACGCCGUGCCAGCUGCUGCCAUGGAUCCGUUCCCACGCCACGGCGGGCUGAGGCUGGAGACAGGGCUGGCGCUGGCAGCUGGCCCGCCCCUUCGUCCUGACAUGUCCUAUGCCGAGCGCUUGGCGGCUGAGCGCCAGCAUGCUGAGCGGGUGGCUGCUCUCAGCAAUGACCCUCUGGCCCGGCUGCAGAUGCUCAAUGUGACACCUCAUCAUCAUCAGCAUUCCCACAUCCACUCCCACCUCCAUCUCCACCAGCAGGAUGCCAUACACGCAGCCUCGGCCUCCGUUCACCCUCUUAUCGACCCACUCGCCUCAGGAUCACACCUGACCCGGAUACCAUACCCGGCUGGAACCAUCCCAAACCCUCUCCUUCCUCACCCUCUACAUGAGAAUGAAGUGCUGCGCCACCAGCUUUUUGCUGCACCCUACAGGGACCUGCCAGGCUCCCUCUCAGCGCCCAUGUCUGCAGCACAUCAGCUCCAGGCCAUGCAUGCACAGUCAGCUGAGCUGCAGCGCCUGGCUCUGGAACAGCAGCAGUGGCUCCAUGCGCAUCACCCGCUGCACGGCGUGCCGCUCCCAACGCAGGAGGAUUACUACAGCCACCUGAAGAAAGAAAGUGACAAACCCCUUUAA